ACCAAAUCCAAGAUGAGCCCACAAACACAGCAACCCACACCCACUCCGGUGAACGCGCAGCCGCAAGCUGGUCAUGCCAUUAGCUUUGGUAGAGGUGUGUCGAUGCCUGCGAACGCUAAUACGGAGCAUCAAGGCGCUUCGAGACUCAGAGGUGGUGGAGCUGCGAAAGACUGCUGCAUUGGCGUGCUGGGCGUUUUCGUCUGUUGUGAUGUUUGUGAAGGAAUUUGCGACGUCAUCGCCAACAUUGUCUGUUGUCCCUGUAGAACGCCCUUCCAAGUUGGCAAGUUCCAACCGCUCCACCCUUAUGACGUGCGGGGCGGGAUUGGAGCGUUUGGAGCAACUACCGAAACGGUGCUAGAAUGUGGAGCAAUAGGCAGCCCGCGCGCAUAUGGGCAUCAUGGUUUACAUAGCCACGGCCUAAAACGGAUGUUUAUGCACAACCAAAGGCGCAAAGUGAAAUUUCAGAUGUGGUCUACGAUUAUGCA